CUUGUGAACAUAUCCCACUCCUCUUUUCUCUACAUCGUACACACACUGAGUAGGUGUUGUCAUUGACCCAUUAUCAAGACAUCUCAGAUUUACUCUGUAUCUCGAAUGUGUGCCUAGGUAGAUAUGAUAUCUACUUGCCUCCUUUUAUUAUAUAUUUCAAUUCAAUAGCUUCAAUUGCUACUAUUUCCAACUGAUUAGCAUCAACUUGCUUAGAUUACAAACCACUUCGUGUCUAUACUUAGAUGCUCCAUUAAGUCUACAAGACAUGACGCUUGUCUACCUUGAAUCAAAUUGCUCUCUCGACUUACAUGAUAAUGUGACUUCAUUUUUAUAGGAACCGAGCCCAAUACAUGCUAAGGUCACCACGAGAUGAUCAUCGUGCACGAAUUGCCGGGACAAGAUAACAGUCACUAUGUCGGCUAAUCACACCGACUAAUAAUAUCGCACCCGCGCCCGCUCCCAUCUUGUAUCGGUUCCAUUUAGGGAAAUUGUCGGUUAAGUGACGAUAUCACCGCUCCAUGCCAACCUCACCCUGUUCGUCAUAGCGUUAUGAUGUUAUGAUGUUAUCCCCUACGGCCGGGAGAAGUCCUUAGGGAGGGGGUUUAGUCAUGGGCACGAUCUAUUCAGGAGCUUCAACAGCUCCUAUGUUGGCCGUUGCUGUUUUACCUCCUUCACCGUUUGAGCGCCCUCAUCCUUUCCUCUAGGACGUGGAAGAUCGCGUCGACUUACGUCUUCCACGAUGUAUUUCGACAUCCUGCCAAGUGUGUGUUUCGUACUAGCAAUCUCACGGCUCGUUGUUGCUCAGACGAUUAUUGUAAAUGGUCAAGUCCUCGCUGCUAACGAGUCCACCGUCACUCCCGCCUUCGUGACUGUUAAUGCCUCGGCCUCUAAUGCGACAGCCGAUCUCUUCCCUGGGGAAACCCGCCAGCUUACCGAUGUUGUCCUAGCGAAUCUUACCGAUCUUGGCCUAACAAAUAUCGUGCUGUUUGGUUUCGCGGACCCAUCAACAGCCGCUAAUGAGUCCAUAAUCGGGCCAUGUAAGACUUUCCCUGGGGAAUUUGUCGUAUUUCCAGGCGAUAUCACCAAUAGGGUCUUUAACCUCCUCUUGGGCGGCAGCCUCAUCCAAACCAAACCGUUGGCCUCGCCAUGCUAUAGCGACUAUGGAAAUCAGGAUAAAGCUAAAUGCGAUGAGAUCACCUCUCACUGGUCAGAUGACCCUUAUAUUCACACGAACGACCCGACCUCUAUUAACGCGAUCCUUUUUGAGGGGACAUCGUGUGUGCCCCAUACGGUGAACCCAUUUGCGCUUAACUGUACCAUCGGGGCAUAUCCGAAAAUGUCGGUUAACGUAACCACCGUAUCUCAAAUCCAAUUAGCUAUAAAUAUAGCACGCAAUUUGAAUUUACGAUUGGUUAUCAAGAAUACAGGCCAUGACUAUGGCGCGAAAAGUACGGGAGCAGGCGCAGUUUCCCUGUGGACUCAUAAUAUGAAAGAUAUCAAGUACUACGAAAACUACGAGGAAGGGUCGUACAAAGGUCCAGCGUUUAAGAUGGGAGCCGGGGUUCAAGUAUUUGAGGCAUAUGAAGCUGCACAUAAGCAGAACCUCACAAUCGUUGGCGCGGAGGGCAAGACAGUUGGGCUUACGGGGGGUUAUAUCCUAGGCGGUGGCCAUUCUCCUUUAUCCAGUCUAUAUGGUUUAGCUGCGGACCAGGUCCUGUCUAUGGAGAUUGUAUUGGCUGAUGGCCGCUUCGUUACUGCCAGUGAGACGUCCAACCCCGACCUAUUUUGGGCUCUUCGAGGUGGAGGUGGAUCGACUUAUGGAGUUGUGACGUCCAUGGUAAUCAGGGCAUUCCCCGAGAUCCCAGUCACGACGAUGAGCUUCAGCCUAUCUUCAGGGGAGCAAGUAUCGAUCGAACAAUUCUGGGAUGCCGUACAUGCCUAUUUUGAAGGCUUUAUUAAUUACACCGAUGCCGGCAACUACGGCCAUUUUGUUCUUAAUGCAACGAGUGGUAACUACGUCUGGGAUAUGGCACCUUGGUUCGCCCCGAACAUGUCUAAAUCUGAAUUCCAAGCGCUUACCGACCCCUUUCUCCAGAAAGUGAAGGGUAUCGGUAUCGACCUGAAGCCAAUCUACCAGGAGUAUACCAAUUUCUAUGACGCAUGGGAUAAGUCUUUCCCCUUGGAAUUAUGGGGCUCUAAUCUUGCGCGGUACGGCAGCCGGCUUUUCCCGCGAGAAAAUUGGGAGAAUUCGACAAAGCUCUCCUCCACCUUCGAGGCUAUCCGCUAUGUCGUGCAAGGCGGCGGAGUAGUGUCCGCUUACAAUCUUGCCGCUGCACCGAAGUCGGGUUAUCCAGACAAUGCUAUCAACCCGGCUUGGCGGGAGACAGUCCUUCACGCGAUCGAUAUCGUCUCAUGGUCCCAGGAUAUGUACACCGAGCUCAUCACGAUCUGGAGCAACGUAUUAACAUCGGACUGGGGAGCGAUGUGGCGUUCCGUCUCGCCAACCUCGGGAUCCUACCUUUCGGAGUCGGAUUACAUCCAGCCAGACUUUCAGUAUACCUUCUGGGGUAAUAAGUACGAUAGGUUAUAUAAGUUGAAGAAGAAGUUAGAUCCCUGGUCUGUAUUUUAUGCGCAGAACGCUGUUGGAUCGGAAGAUUGGGAGAUGUCGGAUUAUAUCUUUGGAAACUUGCCUUCGCAGAACAGUCGCUUGUGUCUCAAGGGUACCAAUCCCUCACAACAGAGUCAUACCGAGGAAAUUGAUUCAUAGUUUUGGAUAGUAUGUACGGGGAAUUACCGUCGAAUGCUCAUUGCUCAACUUGAUAUGAUACACCCGCUCUAUACGCAUACGUAUAAUAAUUCUGUUAUAAUCUACCUAGGUGCUCUAUUGACUCUCAUGCGAUAGACGUUAUCUAUCCAACAGGAGAUGUCCUCGAUUCGAGUACCUAGGUAGGUAGGGGAAAGGUCACUGCAACACAUCAUCGUUGUAAAGGAGUAUGCAUAAAAGCAAUAAUACAAUUAUUAAGAUUAAGUGCUUAUCGA